AUGUUGUUCCAUACCUUCAAAUUGCUCGCGAUCGGGCUGGCGCUCAGCGCCAGCACCGUCUUGGCACAGAAUUCGUCGGAAUCCUCACAUUCGCUCGUCAGCCGCCGCCUGACCGAGUACCUUAUGCCAGUAGCUACGGCGACUCAUGAGUUCGCUCGCGUGCCGAGCACUAAUUUCGUGCUGUUGACGCAGAUGUCCAGCAGCAAACUUGUCAAAAUCGAUACCACUUCCACGCUCCAUGGCGUCUGGCCAUCAACGGUGUAUCCAGGUUUGAUGUGGUUGUCGCUACAAGGCGACAAUAAGCUUCUGCUUGUGGAUCCCGGGAAGAAACUUUCGUCUGCGCCGAUCAUCAAGAAGACAAUUAACAUUCCGGCACCCGGCAACGGCCCACAUUGUGUGUUUGAAAUUGGUGACCGCGUCUGGGCUGGCCUCAAGGCCGCAUCGAAGCAGACUGGCAAGUACUAUGUGUUCUCUGCCGAUGUCCACGACCCUAAGAACCACACACUCUAUCCCGCCCUCAACAGCCCCGUUUUCAUCAAGGAGGAACCCACAACUGGCUUCAUCUACGUGACCCAAGACAAUGACUCUUCUAUUAUGCGCAUCAAUGUGACUAGCGGCGAGACGAAGCAGAUGCACAUCCCUCCCAGUGUCGGAAACAAUGCUGUGGGCAUGAUCUCCGCUACCGGUCCUCUGAGUGGCGUCUGGUUUACGCUCGCUGGAAAUGCCACUGGUGGCACCGGCACUUUUGGACACAUCGGAGCCUCCGGCGAGAUGGAGUUCUUCAAGCUCAAGCACCCGCUGCUUGGAACCAAUGCUGGAUUGCUGCACAUCGCCGAUGCGUCGACCGCAGCCGGCCCAGCGCUCUGGCUGUUGUCUACAUCGCUACUCAGCACCGACUCCCCCGAUGCCUUGAUCCGCGUGACUUUCGACAAGGAUGUCAAGGCCGUUGCCGACGAAGAGUACAUUGCAAUGCUCACUCAAAACGCCAUGGUUCACCGCAUCUUGCCCCUGAACAACACAGUUUUUGUGUCCGAGCUAAACACAUUCACACUCGCACAACUCUCGUACAAGAACACCGUUGCUGGAAAGUGGCUCCCAGCCGAGGCUGUCACUGAUACCUCAGUUUACACUGAGGCCGGGUGA